UCCUCUGUCCACAGUCACCGCUGCACCACAGGCGGGGCGACCUAAGCACUGUACAAUGUCGCUUGUAGGACACGCAGCACCCCUUCGCCAUGCGGAAGAUAUUUGCACGUGGGGUCUAAAAUAUGGAUUAAAAUGCCAUCAUACAUUUUAGGCAUUUACUGCAGAAAUUAUGUGAAACAACAGCAGCCAGCUUGUUCUACUUCACGGUCUCCCAGCUCGCACCUCGCUCUUCUCCAUACCAUGGCGUGGAUUUACUAUUUGUAGUUACCCCGCAGCAUGUGUGAUCAACCAGUGCUUUGUGCAGAAGAUUUAUCCCCUCCUGAAGUGCAGUUACCGAUAGAAAUAUGGGAAAUUAUACUGAAGAAGUUACGAGCGCCGGACCUUCUAAAGGCUGCCUUGGUGUGCAGUCAGUGGAGACAUCUAGCGAGAGGGUUGUGUCGGGAAAGGUGUCAGCGGCUGCCCCCUCGCUUGCUGUCGGAAUUACGUCAUGAGUAUCUCACGAGCUGCACUUCUUCCGUUUCUCAUUCUGCGACGCCGUCAGCCUCGCCUUCGCCCCCGCCCGAUGAGGACAUUUCGGAGCAGUCAGCCCCUGCGUUGGGUCAGCAUAACCCUAGCAGCUUUACGGGAAUGGAGAAAGACAGGUCACCCUUCUCAGACAGGUCAAGUGGAGGGUCAUCAUCUGUGGAGGACGAGCAGACAGACUGGCUGGUUCUCACCGCUAUGCUGCACCAGACAGCUCUCACGCCUGAACCUCAAUGCUGUUUUGUCACUCACCAGCUCGAGAACGUAACACACUUGGCUUGUGCAGGUUCAUUUAUUGUAGCAGUGUCAUGGAAUUCUGACAGCUCUUCUUGUGUCAUCUACGUGGUUGAUGGCAGUGGCGAGGGAGACCACAGUUGGCAGCACCACAUAGCAGGGCGAGUUCAUAAGGUGUGUGUCAUUGAAACACCAGGCAACCCUCCAAUAUUGGCUGUAUGUGUAGACAGAGAACUCCAGUGUUAUCUUCUGAGAACUCAUUUACAAACUCUGGCUCCUCUGUCAAUUUUUCCAACAAUAACUGUUGACUCCAGGUUAUGUUGUGAUGGGUCUACCCUUGUUGUAUCAGACCUCGUUGGACUUCAGCAGCUCGCCCUAUACGAUGCAAUGCCGUUUCUUCAGGAAGGCAAGGUAGAACUGAUCCUUAAGGGACGUAUCCAGACCAGCUCCCCUCCCAUAUACUGGGACCUCUGGAAUGGAUUUGUAACAGCAGUGGUAUCAGGUGGGUAUGUCUCCUCAUACACUGUGACAGGACAUCUAGUCGCAGAAUCUCCUCUCUAUAAGGAUUUGCGGUAUCCUAAUCCUACCAUUCUUACCAGAGGCCUUGUCUUUGCCUCCACAAUCACAUCAAGAACACUGCUGUCCUACUGGCACAUGGACCGAGACAGGGACUACUGGCUUCUAAGUGAGAGCGUCUUGGCAAGCUGGGUCAAGAGAGGCCGGAAAGCUGUGGGUAACACAAGCGUAGUCAAAAGAGGUCACAUAGGGUCGGAAAGCCAGAGUCCAGUUCUUGAGAUGUCACCAGUGGCUGUGUUGCCUGAGAAACCAGAAUCACAUAUACAAGCCUUUCCAGAGUCUUCAAGCAUAUGCAUUUUAACGUUGGCUAAGAUAAGAGUGGGAAAGGUUUUAGCAUUGGAGACAACAGCCGUGCACUACAAGAGAGGACUCGUCUUCUGUGGCACAAGUCAAGGACAUCUUUUGGUGUACCAACUCCUCAUGAGAAACAAGACAGAAGGUACCCUCAUCGACUGGACUGUUUUGGAGAACCUUCCCCCUAUACUUACCUUGUCAGUAACUUCUCGCCCUGUGUCGCGGGUGGUGUCUUAUUUUCACGAACAAUUUGUAGUUGUUGCUGUAGGGGAUAGGAAUGGAAACUGCUUUAUAAUUUCCAUUCCGAAUGUUGAAUAUACCUCUCAUGCUUAAUUUUGAUAUCUGUAACUUAUGGCUGUGAUUUUUUCCUGCUUUAUUGGUUUUGUUAUUUAUAUUAUAGCAUCAUACAAAGAAAAUGUAUAGGAUAUUGUUUUUUAAAUGUUUAAGUAGUUCAUGUAAGAAUUCAUCAGACAAGAUGCUCAUCCUUUUGUAUUCAAUAGUUUUUAAGUUUAUCUUUCCUGUUUAUAUAUCUUCUCUCUUGUACACAUGAGAAAUAUUAUUGCAAAAUUAGGGGCUAUAAUGCAGAAAAUGGAAAAAGGAAGAUAAUUAAAGUCAGAUAUUAUUAUGCACAACACAGAAAACUAUACUCUUUUUAUUAUCAAGGCAUAGAUGCAUUUUUCAGGGUGAUGAUGACUGAGAAUAGAUUUACAGGCUGGUAAUGAUGAUUAUGUGAUAACUGAUUGAAUGGUGAUGUAUCUUUGCCUUAAUAAACAAAUGAGUAUGUAUAGGGACAUAGGGGUAGAAUGAAAUGUAGAUAAUUUAAAAUGAAUUAUAGACUUGUUAGCCUUGAGGGACAUAGCAUUUCUAUUGCAGCUAAAGAAUUCAGCAUAUUGAACAUCUUAUUAAAUAUGAAUAGUAUCUAUUAUAGCAGAAAAUAGAAGGCAAUAACUAUAACAAUAAGGUUAGAUAAGUCAAAUACAUACUUCCCUGUUUUAAUGAUCUCCUUUCCUUGCUUUUGUUUUUAAAAAAGGAAAAGAAGGUAUACUCUGAUUUGUAUGUUACCAGUCUUUAAGAAGAGUGAUAAUGUAUUGUAUGGACAAUGUAGCAUAUAAUGAAGAUUGAAUCAUUAUAUGUAUACAAUUUUCUAAACGGAAUUAAUGGUGCAGAGAGGAAUAGUUUGCUAAAAAGUACUUUGAACUGAGACUCGAGGAUUAACAGUUUACUUGUCUUGUAGAACAUUGUCAUAUAUAAGACAUGGGAGAGUAUUAUAUUCUUGAUACUACAAACAGACUUCUUUUCUAUACCAUUUCAUUGCAACGAACUGUUUUUACAACUGAAUGGUGUGAAAGACUGUAUGUUGACCAAUCUGCAGAUAGUUUAUAAAGUGUUAUAGUGGUGAGUCUGUCUCACAGUGGACUUACUUUCAUUAAAUGUCAUCCACUUAUUGGAGCCUGUAGCAAUUUGAGGUGAAAAUGAGAGAGAAGGAGCAUGUGUUAAGCAUUUAGAUUAAACAUUAUAAUUCUUAA